GUAGUGCUUCCGAUUAAUGCAACUUGGUUGAUUCCAAAGGAAGGUUCAACGACUGUGUGACAAGUCAAAAGUGGAAACCAAGUGAAAAGAUUUCUGAAACUACCGGACCAGUUGCAUUUUGUGACGGAAAUCAGUACACUAAACAUGUAUUUCGAUCUUUUGGUGGGGUUCCCUUCAGAACUCAGAGUGGAAUCUUGUAAAGAGGAUACAACACUACUGAGCGGAAAUAAAAGUGGCAUGACUUCACUUCUUAUUCAUCUUUUCAAGUCUACUAAAGGCAUGUUAAAAGAUCAUCUGGAUCUUUAUCCAGUUAUUAAAUCCUUCAAAAGCUCAGGUGGAAAAGAAAUAAAACGAAUAAGUGGACUGUACAGUAAGGAUGAUUGGAAUCUGGACAAAGAAGACGGGAUUUGGAUGGAGCACAGCGCUUUGAAUGAUCCCAGCAAUAAGUGGGAAUUUUAUGUAGGAUACAGGCAAAGAGGUCAUUCUGCUCUUGCGAAACAGUGGCGAAGUGUAACGGAAUAUUACCGGGACGCCACAGUAAAGAUCAAUCACAAUAUCAUAGAACUGACAAUUCCAUCGCCAAAUGAGAAUCACGAAUUUGCAGUAUUCGGAAAACCAGAGAUAGAGGACAAAAAGAGGAUGCAAGUGGGACUCUUUGGUAAAAAACCAACGAAAGGGAACAAUAUCCUAGUCCAUGUGGUUCUCUUUGAUGACACGUUGAUGGCCUUUGAGAAUGUGUGCGAAAAAGAAGAGAGUAAAGACCGCCAAUUGUUAACAACAUUAGCGGGAUUGUUCAUCUCUAACAGUGACAAAGAUAUCAUGAUUGAGGUCAACGGUUUGGAACCUGGAUACGAGAUCAAUGGCAGCACUGUAAAGACGAUCAAGUCUAAGGAUGCCUGGAGGACACCUGAAAAUUCAACUGACUAUCCCAACUGCCUCUUUGAGAUAAGUUGCAAAGAUAAAAGGACCAGCUCAUUCAAGUGUGAGAUUAUCGCUUGCCAGGAAACAGACACAGCUGAAGCUGAGGUUGUUACCCACUUUGGUCAGAACUAUGAAGCGACUGCAACUGAAAAUGGUGUGACCGAACAACCCCAGAAGGAACUGGAGAAACUUAUCGGUAUUUGUUUCUUCCAAGUGUCUUUUUUCUUGGCAUGCUGUUUUACUGAUUCUGAUCAGUCAAACUACUGGUGCAAAGUAGCGCACGUUUUAGGAGCUGUACCGCAUUUGCCUGCAGACGACUGUAUUCCAACCGGACACCAAGGAAUAGAUUGCAACGUUUACAAGACCGCAAAAAGGGGAAAGCAGACCAGACACCGUGGAAUGGAUCGUGAAUACUGCUUGGAACGUCCCGAAUCGGCUCGUGAUAGAUUGGGUUGCUUAUAAAGCGAAAUUUUGUUCUGUUAACAAGUGUGACAUGUUGUUAGUACAUUUGAUUCUUGUAAAACAAAUUGAAGCGUAACUUUUAAGAUUAGAACAUGUGAUGAAGUACUCUAUUAAAUUUGCAGCUCUUUCAAAAGACCAUAGUUUUGCCUAACAAGAGAGGAAGGGUGCCAAGAUACACAAAAGUUCUCAGUAGAUCUAAAAUAAUUAACAAAUGGUGAACAUCACAACGUACACUAUUGAGUUAUGGGUGCACACGGUGAUGCGGAAGCGUCUUUGGCCUCUUGGGUGCUUGGAAAACCUCCUAGGUUGAUCAAUCAGAGCGCGGGCUUUACUUUGGUUAUAUCACAAAGAUUCUUCUUUAGCUUUAUUGCUCCGGUCUUAUCCUAAAGCAUUGUAGCGACGAUCUCACGAUAAUGGCUACUUUAGCCUAUAAUAAUUGUUAUCAUAAGUCAAUAAUGGAGUCAAUACAAUACUUUAUUCAAGAGAAAGGAAAAUAAAAAUUGUAAAAGUAUCUCUCGAAAUGGGAUAUUCUAGAGGUUAGCCCUAUAUAAAAGAUUCUCCGUCUGCAAGGAAGAAGAUGUUGAAUCCAAAUUAUAAUUUUAUAUAAACUCUAACUACCUACGGAUUUAUUUAUACCGAUUUGAUUGGCCUUAAAGGCCAUGAAACACUCGAAUAAAAGAAUGAGUGAGCACUGUGA